CUGCAGGUGAGUGGGGCUCACAGUUUAGACCUAGGGCAAGAGGUGAUCGUUUUUCUGUACUAAAAGAGUCUUCGUGCUGCCUUAAUUAUUGAAGGAUAUUUUCACGGAAUAUGAAGUAAAAGGUUUACAGGAAACAGCCCAGCCCAGUGAAUUGGGCUCAAACUCAAGAUUGGCUGAUUCACCAAGUCACCCCUGCAAACAAAGCUGGCAGAGUAGAGGUUUCCACUCCUUUCCAUGGCAGCCCACCAAAACCUGAUCUCGAAGAUCUUCUGUUUAUGCUGCAGGGACUGUCGGGAGCCCUAUGUCAUCCAAGACUCCAAGGUUCGCAGUCAACCCCAACAGCACAAGCCAUCAACCCAAAAUUUGCAGUUUCAGAAGAACGAGCUUGACAGACAAAAUCCCAAGCACAUUAAUGCAGCCUCCCAUUUGCCUUCGAGACAACCCCUGAUCCAGCUGAAAAAGAGAGCUUCCUCCAGCAGCAGUGAGUUUGAGGAUCUGAAUGCAUAUGCUUCCCAAAGAAAUUUUUACAAGAGAAACUUAAACCGCUACAGCCGGGAACACUGGCCGUUCCAGCCGUGUCUCAUUGGGAGGCCCUGAGCAUUCUAGCUGGCAGCACUCAUGCAGGUUCCUGAUGCCACACAGCUGCUGGGGUGUCUCCAUGAGGAAGAGGGCGGUGGACAGGAGUCAGGAAGACUGAUUCAGAAACUCCCCUGAAGGAGGAGAAGACGUCUGAGCCAUCCUUGUGCCACCAGCAAGAGUCACUCCAGCUCCUGAAAAAGCCACCAUGGGAGGAGCUGCCUGCAAUUAAAGUUCUUGGUCACAUCA